AUGGAGACGCGGAGGGGCGGUACCUCUCGGAGAGCGCGACCCUUGACCGCCGGCCGAGGCUGCGUCAGAGGCUCCGGCUGGCGGAAACGCAGAGGCGACGGAGCAGUGUCCGCGGGCAACCGGCGGGUGGUGGCCAUGGAGGGGCUGCCGUCCGGCGGGGCUGGCGCCGAGCCUUCGGGGACUGCGGACUCCGAGGAUCCUGCGCCGGAUGGGACGCCCGCGCCAGCCACUCCCGGGGGCGCCAAGUCCAGGCUGGAAACUUUACCCAAGGAAGAUCUCAUCAAGUUUGCCAAGAAGCAGAUGAUGCUGAUACAGAAAGCCAAGUCCAGGUGUACAGAACUGGAAAAAGAAGUUGAAGAACUCAAAUCAAAACCUACUGCUGGAGGAACUGAUGAUAUUAUUCAGGCAUUGACUGACCGUCUGGAUGCUGUUCUUCUGGAAAAAGCAGAGAGUGAGCAACAGUGUCUUUCUCUGAAGAAGGAAAAUGUUAAAAUGAAGCAAGAAGUUGAGGAUUCCAUAACUAAGACUGAAGACGUCCAGAAGGAAUUUGAACAGUCACGUAGACACUAUGUGAAAGAAGUUGAAAAUUUGAAAAAUGAAUUGUUGACAGUACAUUCCAAACACAGUGAAGACAAAGCUAGAUUGCAAAAAGAACUGGAAGAAGCACUGAAUAAACAGUUAGAACUUUCAGAACAGCUUAAAGUUCAAAAAGACGCUGAAGAUAAUGUUAAGAAACUCCAAGAGGAAAUUCAGAAAAUAAGACCAGCCUUUGAAGAACAAAUCUUAUAUUUGCAGAAGCAGUUAGAAGUUACCACUGAUGAAAAACAACAAGAAAUUGCUCAUCUCCAAAAAGUCAUUGAGUCUAAUUCCCAAGAGUAUCAAAAAGAUGUAAAGAGUUUGCAAGAAGAACUUUCCCAGUUAAAAGCUACAUACCAAGAAGAGGUGAAAAAAUUGGCUUGCCAAAUUGAGGCAGCAGCGAAAGAGCAUGAAUUAGAAAUUAGCAGAUUAACUCAGCUAAAUGAAAACUUAGCAAAGCAGUGUGAGGCAAGUGAGGAUAUUAAGGAGAAGUAUGAAUAUGAAUUAGAAAACUUAAAGAAAGCCACCUCAAAUGUAAACCAGGAAAAUCAGAUAGGUCCUGUGCUCUUGCAAGAAGAUGUUCUUGUAGAACAGGUAGCAAAUGAAAAAGUCAGACAUUUAGAAGAUACCUUAAAAGAAUUAGAAUCCCAACAUAGUAUCUUAAAAGAUGAGGUAACAUACAUGAAUAAUCUUAAGUUAAAACUUGAAAUGGAUGCCCAACAUGUAAAAGAUGAGUUUUUUCAUGAACGGGAAGACUUAGAGUUUAAAAUUAAUGAACUAUUACUAGCCAAAGAAGAUCAGGGGUGUGUAAUUGAAAAGUUAAAAUCUGAGCUAGAAGACUUAAAUCAACAGUUUUACCAUACUGUGGAACAACAUGACAAAGAAGUAAAGAGUCUUAAAGAACAACAUCAGAAAGAAAUCUCAGAAUUAAACGAGACUUUUUUGUCAAGUUCAGAAAAAGAAAAACUCACAUUGAUGUUUGAAAUACAGGGUCUUAAGGAACAGUAUGAAAACCUACAGCAAGAAAAGCAAGAAGCCAUCUUAAAUUAUGAGAGCUUGCGAGAGAUCAUGGAAAUUUUACAAACAGAACUGGGGGAAUCUGCUGGAAAAAUAAGUCAGGAAUUUGAAUCCAUGAAGCAACAGCAAGCAUCUGAUGUUCAUGAACUUCAACAAAAGCUCAGAACUGCUUUUAAUGAGAAAGAUGCUCUGCUUGAAACCGUGAAUCAUCUCAAAGCAGAAAAUGAAAAGUUACUAUCUCUACAAGAAUUGGUACCCAAACUUGAAAGUACCAUAAAGAGCCUGCAGGAGAAGAUUGAAACGGACUUAAUUAGCCUCAGUCAGAGGGACACCGUGUUACAAGAAUUGGAAGCAAAGGUAUGCUCUCUUACUGAGGAAAAAGAUGAUUCCCUAAGUAAAAUAAGAAGUUCUCAGGAAGAAGUGGAUCGUCUCAAUAAAAAAUGUGAAAAGGAGGAAAGACUGGUUACAGAACUUGAGGAGAAAGUGGAACAAACAACUCAAUACAACAAUGAAUUAGAGCAGAAAGUAAAUGAAUUAACAGGACAACUAGAAGAGACUUUGGAAAAAAAGGACCAACAACUAGAAGAGCUAAUGGCUCAAGUGAAAACUCUCUCUGAAAACCAGGGAACUUUGGCCUCUGAGGCGAAGUGUCUUUAUGAUGAAAACAGAAGAUUAAGUUCAGAAAAGAACCAGUUGAGUAAGGAUUUGGAAGCUCUUCUGUCUCAAAAAGAUGUUAUCCUUAAAGAAAAUAUUAGCAAAUUCGAAAAGAACCUUCAGUUAGCGAUUGAAGAGCGAGACAAUUUAAGCAAAUUGCUUGAAAAAGAACAAGAUUAUAAGUUAUUUGUUAAAACACAGCUGUAUGGUUUUCUUAAACAGUUGGGGUCAAACAUGUCAGAGGAAAAUGAAGAACAAGAUGCUUUAAGUGUCCUACAGACUGUAGGAGAAUCCCUAGCAAAAUUAAGCGAGGAAAAACGAAACUUAACUUCGCAGUAUGAUGAAAAGAUAUCACAGUUAGAAAAAGACGUUAGGUGCCUUCAAGAAGAGAAUGUAGUUCAAUGUGAAGAACUGAAGUCUUUACUAAGAGACCACGAGCAAGAGAAAAUUCUCUUAAGGAGAGAGUUAGAAGAAACCAUGUCAAAAAGGGAUUCCCUGCAAUCUGAACUUCAAGAAGUGAAAAACACCAAUGAAAAAACAAGCCUUGAAAACCAGAAUCUUUUAAUUCAAGUUGAAGAAUUGUCUCAGAAUUAUGCCAAGAGUGAAAUCCGCAAUGAAAAAGACUCUCUUACGGUGGACCAUGAAAACCUGAGGUUGUUACUAGAACAAAAAGAAUCUGAAUUACAAGACGUGAGAGCAGAACUGACUUUAUUAAAGGAUUCUUUAGAGAAAACACCCGUAAAAGAUGAUCAACAUUCUUCAGUAAAAGAGCUGGAAGAAAAAAUAGGAAAUCUGGAAAAAGAAUCCAAAGAGAAGGAGGAAAAAAUAAGCAAGAUAAAACUAGUUGCUGUGAAGGCAAAGAAAGAACUGGAUUCUAGCAGAAAAGAGGCCCAGAAUCUGAAGGAAGAGCUGGAAUCCCUUGAAGCUGAGAGGGAUCAGUUGUCCGCUUCUGUGAGAGAUCUCAUCCAAGGAGCAGAAAGCUAUAAGAACCUUUUAUCAGAAUAUGACAAGCAGUCAGAGGAGUUGGAUAUGGAAAAAGAACGGGCUAGAAAUUUCGAACAGCUUGCCGAAGAGCUCACAAAGCAAUUCAGAAAUUCAACUUUUCAGUGUGAAAAAUUAAAAUCAGAUAAUGAAGACCUCCUGGCUCGUAUUGAAACACUCCACUCUAAUGCUAAGUUAUUAGAAGCACAGAUAUUGGAAGUCCAGAAAGCCAAAGCAGUGGCAGAGAAAGAAUUGGAAGCAGAAAAGCUUCAGAAGGAGCGGAAGAUAAAGGAACAUGCUAGUACUGUAAAUGAACUUGAAGAACUUCAGCUGCAACUUCAAGCAGAAAAGAAACAACUCCAGAAAACUAUGCAAGAGUUGGAGCUAGUUAAAAAGGAUGCCCAACAAACCACAUUAAUGAAUAUGGAAAUCGCUGAUUAUGAGCGCUUGAUGAAAGAACUAAAUCAAAAGUUAACAAAUAAAAACAGCGAAAUAGAAGAUUUGGAGCAAGAAAUAAAAAUUCAAAAACAGAAGCAAGAAACCUUACAGGAAGAAAUGACUUUACUGCAGACUUCUGUCCAACAAUAUGAAGAAAAAAACGCCAAAAUCAAGCAAUUGCUUGUGAAAACAAAGAAAGAGCUGGCGGAUUCCAAACAAGCGGAGGCCGACCACUUACUGCGUGAAGCGUCUCUAAAGGGGGAGCUGGAGGCCAGCCAACAGCAAGUGGAAGUCUAUAAAAUUCAGCUGGCUGAAAUCACAUCAGAGAAACACAAAAUUCAUGAGCACCUGAAGACGUCUGUGGAGCAGCACCAGCGCACACUGAGGGCCUACCAGCAGAAAGUGGUAGCACUUGAGGAAGAGAACCGCACUGCUAAGGCAGAACAAGCCACUGUAACCUCUGAAUUUGAGAGCUACAAAGUCCGAGUCCAUAAUGUCCUCAAGCAACAGAAAAAUAAAUCCGUAUCUCAGAGUGAGACUGAGGCGGCGAAACAAGAAAGACAACACCUGGAAAUGCUGAUUGACCAACUAAAAAUUAAAUUGCAAGAGAGCCAGAAUAACUUACAGGUCAACGUGUCUGAACUUCAGGCGCUCCAGUCUGAGCAUGAUGCUCUGUUGGAAAGGCAUAACCGGAUGCUGCAAGAAACUGUGUCCAAAGAGGCCGAGCUUCGGGAAAAGUUGUGUUCCAUACAGUCUGAGAAUAUAACGAUGAAAUCUGAACAUACACAGACUGUAAGCCAACUAACCUCCCAGAACGAGGCCCUUCGCAACAGCUACCGGGAGCAAGUGCGACACUUGCAGGAGGAACACAGGAAAACCACCGAGACUUUGCAGCAGCAGCUGUCCAAGGUGGAAACUCAGCUCUUCCAGCUCAAGAGUGAGCCAGCCGCACGAAGCCCAGCUUCCUCUCAUCAGUCUUUGAAGAACCUUCGAGAAAGGAGAAACACAGACCUCCCGCUCCUGGAUAUACACACGACGGCCCGGGAAGAAGGAGAAGGGAUGGAAACCACGGACACGGAGUCUGUUUCUUCUGCUGGCACGUACACCCAGUCUUUAGAGCAGCUACUGACCUCUCCCGAAACCAAACUUGAGCUUCCUUUAUGGCAUGCAGAAUUUACCAAAGAAGAAUUGGUGCAGAAACUCAGUACCACAACAAAAAGUGCAGAUCAUUUAAAUGGCCUGCUUCGGGAGACGGAAGCAACCAAUGCAAUUCUUAUGGAGCAAAUUAAGCUUCUCAAAAGUGAAAUAAGAAGAUUGGAAAGAAAUCAAGAGAGAGAGAAGUCUGUGGCUAACCUGGAAUACUUGAAGAAUGUCUUGCUCCAGUUCAUCUUCCUAAGACCAGGAAGUGAGAGAGAGCGACUGCUUCCUGUCAUAGACACAAUGUUGCAACUCAGUCCUGAAGAAAAGGGAAAACUUGCUGUAAUCGCUCAAGGUGAGGAAGAAAACGCUUCCCGCUCUUCUGGCUGGGCCUCCUAUCUGCAUAGCUGGUCUGGGCUCCGGUAGUUUGCUGGAAACAAGGUUCUUUGUUAACCAAAAAUCCAUCGGGAAAAAGGCUUCAUGCAUUG